ACGGCUAGCUUGACUCCGUUGGAAUAUGGUGUCCAUGAUGACAACUUGAAAACCUCCAACAUCAGUCAGAGCAGAGGCUACCUGCUGGAUCCAGUUCGGUGGAAAUGAAACCGGGCCCGUGUCCGUUCGGGAGCCGCUCGGCGGGGUAACGUCCUCCGGCGGUCUGGCUAACAUGAACCGGAGCGGCCGCGGCUUUUGUUUACAUCCAGUCCAGAUGAUGGUGAUGAUGGGCCCGGAGAGGCGUGUUGGCUAACCCCGCUACCCGAGCUGCUUCCAGGGAAGGAGUCAUCGGAGAACCGCGCUGCGUUUGGACCGGAGAGGUCCGUCCGAGCUGCCGCUGCCUGAAGGUGAUGGACGCAUCGCCUCAGGACCCCCCUCUCAUGGCCAUGGACCUAUCGAAGAGCUACACCCCGCUGACCCGCAGUCGCAACGAAGCGGUAGACUUGCCCAAAAAGCCGGAGUGGUACCACAGACGACCGACGACCUGCAGCGCAGACGGCGCCUCCGUGUACAGAACCAGGGCGUCGUCCUCCUACAGCCCGCUGUCUCAGCCGGGCGUCCCCGUCCGCUGUAGAGACAUGGAGCAGGGACCGGAGGCUUUGGGGGGCUACAUGAAUUCAACCUUGGCUCCAGGGCUGGAUCUUUUUCACAGCAGAGCACAUGGUAACCUGUGGCACGACGGUUACUACGGAGCCGACCAAAGCGGGGACCCAGUUCCAGAAAGCAGCGGCGCAGAGGAAAGCGACAGUGGCUCUGAUGUCAUCUUCCUGGUUUCCUCUGCCAAGGAGCCUCUUUUGUGCGGCUCCUUCAUCCAGGACAGCGUGAGGCACAUGGUGGAGCCCGUGUCCCCCGCCAUGUCCUCCCUGGAUGAAGGUAGAGGUUGCUAUCUCCUACCUCAGCCCAUGAGCUCCCCGAGUGCCGACAGCUCGUACUCGGAGGACUCGUCGGGCAGCACUGUAGACAUUCAAGUGCAUCACACCAGGCCUGUAGUCCUCAUUUCAGAUCUCAAUGGGGUUUACGGACACCCUGGUCGAUCCGUCGCGGAUGUUUCAAGCGACGACAGUGACGUCAUCGAAGUUUCUGUCACUAAUCAUAAAAAAGAAAGGGGCGGUUACAGGAAAGACUUGCCGAAAAUAAAGAGCAGGGAUGAAAAAGCAUCAGGUGGGGAGGUUCGGCGCAGUGCGAGGGUUAGAAAAUCCGAGUCGGAAACGCCUCGGGUGACCUGCGGUGCGUCACGGCACAGCCUGAGAAGACGAGUGAAAAACGAUGCUGUGGGUAUUUAUAACGAAAGCGGAGACUCUGAGGACUUGAUCGAGUACGCGUUGAUGUUUUCCAGCUCAGAGGAAUCUGUCUCACAGCCAAGUUUGCCACCAAAAGCCAGGAGCCGCUCAGAGGAGUCGAAUGGGGACGUCCAAAGUGACAGGAAUGGGGACAGCGAAAAAGCCCUCUGA